AUCAGAAUAGUAAAGAUGCUUUUUUGACAUAAAAAGAGGGUUGGGGCGAAGGGGAAAUAGCAGGAUUGGAGGGGAGUGCCGUGCGGUGAUGUGCUGAAGGUGAAAUUAAAUGUGAAUGGAAUCGAAGGUUAAGAGAGAAGAAGGAAAGUGGGAGCGUAUGAUUCGUGAAAAAAGGCUUUUUUAUCUAUCUACUCUGCACCUGUGUGUGCUGGGAUUGGCUGAACUUGCCUACUUGCCUUUCCUUUCCUUUCCUUUGGUUUUAUCUCUGAUCACAACUGAAAAAACAAGAGCACACGAACCCACAGCCAUCCUUUUUUCUUUUUUUUUUGCUGUUAUCCAAAUCUCAGAACAGGCCUUAAAAAUGUGCAGUAUUUUGUUCAAUAAAGUAGAACUGCAAGGAAGCUGAAUUUGGCAUGUUAAGGUUUGUAUUACAAAAUUUGUGUUGUCAAUAAAUCAUUUACUAUACUAAAUAUUGCAUAUUUUAUAGUAGCAGAUCUGAACCCUACCAUCUUAUUAUUUCAAAUAUGCUAAAUUUUAGUACAAAGUAAAUUGUGGUUGAAAAGAAUUUUACUUACUAACAUAAGCAUUUAAAAGAGUUGGUUUUUUUAAAAAUAUAUCUAUUUUGUCCUAACUCAGUCAAUUUUUCUCCAAAAAAAUUUACACAAAAAGUUUGAGCUUUCUUAGAAGUUUCACUUUCUUUAUGAAUGGAAAGAUAGGGAUGAAAACCAAUCAAACCUUCUCCAUAGGACAUUAUAUAGAGAGAAAUGAAUUAAAAUCAUUUUUCCUUUUACAAUAUUAACUCAUCUUGCCAUGAAUCACUAAGAGUUUGGAACCUUGAUUUAUGUUUGAAGCUAAUACAGCCCAAGCUUUCAUUUGGAGUUUGGACAAUGAUGCUCAAUAAGAUUACUAUCAUCAACACAUUGUUGAUUCGCUAAUGUAACACAAUUAUUGCUUCUAACUCAUGAUUUUUGUGCAAGGCUCUUUCAAAAAUAGGCUCUCAUAUAUUUUGGGGAAGGUUUCGCCAUUACUUGUGUUUCUUUUAAAGGAUAUCAGUACCUUAUGUAAUUAGUAAUUAAUAUUUAAGUUGUCCUGCUUAAACACACAAGGAGGAAUGUAACAAAUAAGAAAUCUUAUUAUGAGAAAUGAGAAAUACAAAUAUAGACUAGAUAAUAUUUGAAUGAUAAAGAUUAAAAGAAAAAAAGCACAUGACUUUUUCAAGUGGUUAUGUGAUUACCAACUUUUCACCUUGACCAUUUAUGUAUGGUUAUAUGACUCAAACUUAUAAUUUUCAUUUUUCACAAUAAAAAGGGUUUUUAUUUGAGAUGCCCCCUAUGUAUAUUUUCAAAAUAAAAGUUGCAUAAGGAAUCUCCAUUUUUACAUUGUUUUGUUUUAUUUUAAGAUUUUAGAAAAUGUUAGUGUCUAUCUAUUUUGAAAGUUUUUCAUGAUAUGUUUCAAUAGUUUCUGAGAUUAAUGAAGCUAAAACUACGUUAAUAUCAUGUUAUUCUUUAGUGUAUCUUGUUAAAAGGAAGGCUUACAUUUUUAAGAGCCUUUAUUUGUCCAUAUACAUUGUUAUAUUCUGUGGUUAUGGUUCUUAUAUCUCUGUUUAUGUCUUUCUCGUGCUGUAAUUUUUCUUUGUACUAUACAAUUUUUCCAACAUAUCUUCUAGUGGAAUGUGAAAACUCAAUUUGUUAUGUUGAUAUGCUAUAGAAAGCUAUUAGAAAGACCUUGUGGUGUAGAAGAAAAAAGCUAUGUAGCUAUUCACGGAAGUGAAGCAAGUUAGUGUUGUUGUUGAGGAUAUGGCAUGGUGAAACCAACACACAGACAAAUUCAUUUAAAAUUUAUUUAAAGCAGGUAAUAAAUUGGUAACAAACGUAGUUUGCCUGAACAAGGAAAAGUCCAAUAUUUCUUUGUAGACUAAAGUCCAAAAUAUUUUAAAGGCCCUAGGCUGUCCCCAACUAUUUAUAACGCUCAUGAGGCCAUCCAGGAGGACCAAGACUUCCUUCGGAUCACUAUCUGCCUCUGCAUUGUGUACUUUGUCCCUCAGAAUUGUAGGAGAAGACCCAUUUGAUUCCACCAACUUAUCACCUUUCUGAAAUCUUUUUAGAGGGAAGUUGAUACCUAGCCACCCAUAGAUGAGGUCUAUCCUCUUUAAAGUAAGAAGCUAAAAAAAAAGGAAUGGAAUUAGAUAGGCUCAGUAAGCUUGAAGAACCUCCUCUCUCUGGUGCUUGCAUUCGUGGCCUAGUGAAACAACUAACCACCUCUAGAACAAAACACUUCAUGAACCCAAAAGACCAAAAUUGUGUUGUGAACGGUGGUGUUUCCCAUGGUCAAAAUUCAACAAAACAUGGCAAAGUUGCAGAUGCUCGUCAGGCACAGCAGUCCUCACAACCCCAACAACAAAAAAAACAAGUUAGAAGGAGACUCCACACCAGUAGGCCUUAUCAGGAAAGGCUUUUGAAUAUGGCUGAGGCUCGGAGGGAGAUUGUCACUGCCUUGAAAUUUCACAGAGCAGCUAUGAAAGAAGCAAGUGAACAGAAGCAGCAACAGCAACAAGCCCAAGAACAGCAGCAAAGGCCAUCAGUAUCACUCCAGCCAUCCCAGUUCCCAAGUUUUAACCAAGAUGGAAAAUUUAAGUCUAGGAGAAAUCCUAGAAUUUAUCCAGCAUGCACAACCAAUUUUUCUAGUUACAUGGACAUGGAUGAUUUAUCCCAUUCAUGCUUAUCCCAACGUCCUCCUUUGGUUCCAAAUUCUUACACCUGGCCUGCUGCUUCCCAAAUUACUCCACCUCCCCUUAUGGCUGAAAACCCCAAUUUCGUACUUCCAAAUCAGACUUUGGGAUUGAAUCUCAAUUUACAAGAUUUCAACAACUUAGAUGCUACCCUUCACCUCAAUAACUCAUCCUCCUCCUCCUCCCCCUACUCAUCUGCAACCUCAUCUUCUGCUCCACUGGAGCUUCCUUCUGUUGGAAUAUCACAGGGAGAGGGGCUUUCUUCAUUGGUGGAUACUAUUGAAUCCAAUGCCGCAACCCAGGUCACUGGAGGCUUACACACAGCCAUGGACGAUGAGGGUAUGGCAGAGAUCAGAUCAUUAGGAGAGCAAUAUCAAAUGGAAUGGAAUGACACCAUGAAUUUGGUCAAAUCAGCUUGUUGGUUCAAGUACUUGAAAAACAUGGAACAUAGGGCACCUGAAGCCAACACUGUAGAUGUUGCAUACAAUAAUUUUGACCAGCUUCUGGAGUUUCCAGCUUGGUUGAAUGCGAACGAUAGCUGCUUAGAGCAGUGCUCGGUGGAUUAUUUUCAAGAGUCUUCCUUGCCUUGUUUGGAUAUUGGAGAUAUUGAAAGUAUGGAUGACGAUUGGUUAGCGUGACAACUACAAGGAUAGAUAGUUUUCGUUAAGUCAAUCCUGUGCUGCUCCCAUUUUUAUAUUUAUUUCGGUAAUUGGGGUUAUCGGGCACUAUCAUUGUAAUCAUUUUAGUACCCCCCUCCCCUUUUCACUGCUUUUAUCUAUUUUUGAAUAAUAAAUAAGGGCUUGCAAAAUAUCAGUAGAGGCAAGCACCAUCAAUGAGUGAUCUACAUUUUUUGCUCCCAUUGCUCCUGUUAUCACAAUGCAUGUUGAGAUAUUGAACAAUAUCAAUGUGUAA